GGGAGGGCGGUGGCGAUGUUGUGGCCCCGGCUGGUGGCCGCCGACUGGGCAGCGCUGGCCUGGGAGCUGCUGGGCGCCUCGGUGCUGCUGCUCGCGGUGCGCUGGCUGGUGCGGCGGCUGGAGAAGCGGCCGCGGGGCCAGGGCCGAAGCGAGCUCCCUGCCCCGCCGUCCCGCGCGGCCGUGGAGCCUGACUCGGACCCAGGUGCAAUGACAAUGGAUACCAUCUUAGCGCGACUAAAACUCCUGAAUCAAGAUGAGCUCAGAGAAGAAAUUGUCAACGCCGGAUUGAAAUGUGGACCCAUUACUGCAACCACAAGGUUCAUUUUUGAGAAAAAACUGGCUCAGGCUUUAUUAGAGCACAGAAGAACCCUGCCUUCACACCCUCCCUACCAGGCCACCGUGGGAAGCCCGGCAGAGCAGGUCAGCUUUUCUGAAGACAGAGAUUUUGGUUAUGGAGUGGGCUUGAACCCCCCGGAGGAGGAGACCCUGAAGUCUGAGACCUGCUCCGUGGCCUUCCGUGCUGUGGCUGGGGUUGGCGGCCCCAAAACUGUGGAGAGGGCCUCUACUGAGCCGCCUCUGUACUAUGGGGUGUACCCGGCCUACGAGGACUCCCCAGCGAGAAACGAAAGGAUUCAUGUUUAUGAAGAUAAGAAGGAAGCAUUGCAAGCCGUCAAGAUGAUCAAAGGAUCCCGAUUUAAAGCUUUUUCAAGCAGAGAAGAUGCUGAGAAAUUUGCUAGAGGAAUUUAUUGUUAUUUUCCUUCUCCAAGCAAAACUUCUUCACUACUUUCUCCUGUGAAAAUAGCAUCACUCUCUAGCAAUGGUGGGUUAAAAGCAACAGAUGGCUUGUGCUUUUCUGAGUCAGAAACCAUAAACAGAGAGCGAGCAAACAGCUAUAAAAAUCCCCGUACGCAGGACCUCACUUCUAAAUUGCGAAAAGCUGUGGAGCAGGGAGACGAGGACACCUUUUCUGACCUUAUCUGGAGUAAUCCUCGGUAUCUGAUUGGUUCAGGGGACAACCCAACCAUCGUGCAGGAGGGAUGUAGGUACAAUGUCAUGCAUGUUGCUGCCAGAGAGAAUCAGGCUUCCAUCUGCCAGCUGACUCUCGAGACGCUGGAGAACCCUGAGUUUAUGCGGCUCAUGUACCCAGAUGACGCCCCGGACAUGCUGCAGAACCGCAUUUGUUACAUCCUUGAUCUGUACCUGAACACGCCCGACAAGGGGGGCAACGACACACCGUUGCAUUUUGCUUGUAAGUUUGGGAAUGCAGAUGUGGUCAACGUGCUUUCUUCACACCCUUUGAUUGCAAAAUGCCCCCGGAAUAAAUGUGGUAAAACACCUGAAAAUGUUAUUUGUGAAAGAAGCAAAAAUAAAUCUGUGGAACUAAAGGAACGAAUUAGAGAAUAUCUAAAGGGUCACUACUACGUGCCUCUCCUGAGGGCGGAGGACACGUCGUCCCCCGUGAUCGGGGAGCUGUGGUCUCCAGACCAGAUGGUGGAGACCUCUCACGUCAGCCAUGGUGGAGGCAGCCCCAGAGACCCCGCCCUGAUCCUGAGAGCCUUCGCAGGGCCCAUGAGUCCAGCCAAGGCGGAAGAUUUUCGCAGGCUCUGGAAAACCCCGCCUCGGGAGAAAGCAGGCUUCUUCCACAGGGUCAGGAAGUCGGACCCAGAAAGAGGCAUGGAGAGAGCGGGCAGGCACCUGGCUCACGAGCUGGGGUACCCCUGGGUCGAGUACUGGGACUUUCUGGGCUGUUUUGCUGACCUGUCUUCCCAGGAGGGCCUGCAGAAGCUGGAGGAAUACCUUGCACAGCAGGAAGUGGGCAGAAAGGCCCAACAAGACCUAGGAGAAAACGAGGCUUCUACCUUGGGCUGUCGUGGGAAGUGCAGCAAUUCCAUCUCUGUGAGGGCCUUUCUCGAUGAAGACGGUGACAUGAGCUUGGAAGAGAUUAAGAAUUGGCAGAACACAGCUCGAAACAACAGCCAGCCCACAGUCAGGGCUUCCAGAGACUCGGGCUGCGACAUCCUUCCCUCGGAGCAGAGGACGAACCUUAUAGAAGACGAGGUGCGGCCCUGUCCCCACAGCAGCAGGAAUGGCUUCUGCAGCCCCCUGAGCGGUGGCCAGACCCAGCGUGGGAAGAGGACAGAGGCCGCGAGCGGGGAGGAAGCCCUCUCGUCACCUGUCUCUGGCUUGACUGUUGAGUUCGACAAGCUCAAAUUGCAGAAUCUAGGAAGUGGGUUUUCCGAGACACCAAAUAAAAGUGUGAAAACGAGAGAUGAGAAGAUCCUGGCGUCAGGAACGGAAGUGGUGGACAGUGACGUGGUCGAGCCUUCUGCUGCCGACAGACUCGGAAGCAACCAAGCAAGGACGGAAAGCGAGAUGUCAGCGGGCAUUGCAAACCUGUGCCUGGGUCCCCGCCGCCCCAGCCAUGAGGCCCAGCACAGCUGCACCUCUGCGUCCUCGGAGCCCUUGGGGGUCGCCGCCAGGAAGGAGCCUGUCCGGAGGCUCUUCCUUCUGGGGGAGGAGCCGUCCAAACUGGAUCGCGACGUCUUGGCAGCUCUGGAGGGUGCAGACCUGGACCCUCAGCGGCACCCUGCCGUGCACAGGUGGAGGAGCGCUGUCCUGGGCUACCCACCCUCCGACAGGCAGAGUUGGCCGAGCCCCUCGAUAAAAGGGAAGUUGACAUCUCAGCUGCCGGAUCUCGAUUGCCCGACUAGCUGCAGCCCAGGGAGAAGUGGUCCCGCAGGCGGCAGCCCCAGGAAGCCUGGCUCUGUCCCCCACUCCCCCCGUUUGGGCAGCCCGGGGCGCUACAGCCCUGCCAACGGGGGCCACCUCCGCAGGAUGGUGCGCCUGGCCCAGCACGCAGCCUUGUAGGCUGUGCGUGUGCUGGGCUCUCGCCUCAUUAACGAAGGCUAAUGUGUGUGUUGCUAAAAUUCACAGAAAAAGGAUAUAUGCUGAUUCAUUUAUUAAUCCUCAUUUUGAGAGUAAGAAUUUUAGAAAAUGCAAAUGUUUCAUGUAAAACAUAGAUUUCUGGCAUUUUGAGAGAAGUUGAUGAAAGCAAACGCGGAUACCAGUUUUCUGAAAACUGAACAUGGUCAUGAUGCAGACCGGUUACAUCCUGGUGCGCGUGGGACGGGAGCUCGCUGCUCGCAUUCCCACGAAUCCCAGUGGGUGCCGGAGGCGGUGAUGGCCAUGCAGGGCCAGCCCCUGCCACAGCCAUGCUCACUUCAACUCCGUUCUGAAAACGAAGGUGAAUUUUGUUCACCUUCCUUUUCAGGGAGGGUUUUUCACUUUUGGGUUCUCCUUGGUUAGAUGAAUUUAAAGCUGUUCUUUCUCUUGGGCAAAAUCUGUAGCCAUUGGGAGGCGAGUGGUAGGCAGGACUCGCCGCAGCAGGAGGUGUUUCCGCCAGCACUGAGCCGCGUGUGCUCUGCUGCCAGUGCAGUGGGGGUGGGGUGACCUGUAAGUUGUUCCCUGGUUUUGAAAUUAUCUCCUAUUUUAGAAUUCACUUCAGUUGGAGUUCCUUUAUAACAUGUCACCUUUUAGUACAGAAACUAGAGGGCGACUUUCGGCAGGUUUGAGCCUGGUUUAGUUACUCGAGUGUGGUUUACUUUAAGGGUCCUCCGUCCCCUGUCUGUGUGCACAGGGUGUGGGGGUCACCACAGCUCCCCGGCCCAUACCGGAUGCCCAGGGACAGAAAACUCUACCUGUGCUUUAACUGACUCCAGUGCCUUUUGUAAAUCAUUUUUUAUUUUUUCUGAGCUUGUUUUUGAGGAUGUACAGUGAUACUAAGUAGGUGUGAGAUUCUUUUUCAUUCAUAAAAAUUGUUAUUUCACACGAUAACAAGAGGCAGGUCAGGAAUAUUAGCAUCAAGAUUUAGAUUUAAAAAUUCUAGUGGUUGUUAACAAGGUGUUUUCACAUCUAGUGUGGCCAACAAUCUAGAUAGAAGACAGAAAAUAACAUUCUAUUGUAAAAUCCAAUGGCAUUUUAAAAGGCAUCUGUUCUCAACAGAAGUCAGAAUGCAGAUAUUCACAGUGCUGAUCUGUUUUUCCUGGAUCUUACCCUACUGUGCUGUAUAUUGCUGUAAAUAUUCAAUGAGAUUAAAGUAGUGUUUUUGCUGUAAUCUU